AUGGCAGAAUUCGUUCCCAUACCGGUGUCUCUGAACCAAACUCUCUUCGACUGGUUAUACACCAUGAUCCACAAGCCGGUGAAUGGCCGAACUUUGAGCGCCAGCAGCAAAUUGAUGACAGCUGUAAUGGCACCCACCAGCUGGGGACAACCGCAUCAAAUUCGCGCAGUGCCGCGAGGAUUCACUCUUCAGGGUACUCGAGUAAUGAAUGAUUGCAGUGACGUGCCAGCGUCGUUUUCAUCGCAGCUGCUUCCAAUGCAGUGGGGUGGAAAACCCGGCGGGGCCACAUUGGUAACGCCUAGAGCCCCUAGAGUACGACGUCAUUCACCGUUUUCAUAA